AUACACAAAUUUUUUUUUUUUUAUUUGCAAACUCUCUGGCUAUGUGACCACCACAAUGGUUUUUUACAUGGCAUAAUAACAAACCUUCCUAUCUCUUCUGGAUUUGUCUCAGGGGAACACCAAGACAUUUCUUUUUAACUUUUUUUUUUCUUCUUGGAUCUGAAGAGAUUCCUUUUACAGUUUCUCUUACAAUACUUUGUUUUAGUUUCUUAGAGUUAGAAGCAAACUGGAGUUAGUUUUGCUGCAAAGUGUUGAUUUUGUGUUCAUAUUGUGAAAUGGGGUACUGGGUCCCUUCCUCUCUUUUUUUUCUUUUUGGUUGUAUUAUGAGAUUAACAUAAGGCAUUGUCUGGUUUGCCUGCGAAUUCUCAAUAAGGUAUCUUUGAUGUAUAUAUUCAUUAGAGAUAAUUUUAUGGUUUAUAAGUUGUUUUUCGUUUCUCUUGGAGUUUUGCUUGGUUGUUUGAAAAAGGUUUGAGCUAUGGAGGAUUUCAUGGAAAAGCCAAUAAAGGGUCUUAAUGUUGAUAGAAGAAAUCUUGUGGGCUUUGAGUUUUGAUUGCAAAAGACAAUCUUUAUAUUGUGGGAGGCCAACUUUUAUGGUUUUUGAGCGGUAAUUAGUUGUGUAAAAACUGGGUUCAAAAGUAUGAGGACUUUUAGACAUGCAGACGGAAGCAAUCUGAAAUUUUGAUGAAUUCUGUUUUUAUCUGUCCAGUGUUUGUAGUUAAUGGGGGAAGUGCUUCAGUUUUUUUUUAAGGCUUUUUAAUAAAAAUAUAAUCUGUGGUUUGAAAUUUGGACAUUUUUGAAGGGUAAUGGUGGAAGAUGUAAAAAGAGACAAGAGAGUUCACAUUUUUUGGUUCUUGAAUUAUAUUCUGGUUUCUGAGGUAUCUAAUGGAAUUGAUUCUCAAUUUGCUCCUUGAAGAGUUGCUGAGGCAUCUGAUAGUUCAUACAGCAUGGAAACUGGUUUUAAUAGCACUAUUGAAUAGCCUUACAAUCUGAUUUUAUGGUGAAAGAGGAAAUAAUGGUUGCAAUUCUUUUGUAUGGAGAAAAGAUGAUGAAGUUAUAGGAAUUAGGAAGUAGGAGGAGUAUUAGGUUCUGAUAGUUGAGGGGAAGAUGGCUGCAAAGCUUCUACAUUCUUUGGCAGAUGAAAAUCCAGAUUUGCAGAAGCAAAUAGGAUGCAUGACUGGGAUUUUUCAAAUCUUUGAUCGUCAUCAUAUGCUUACCACUAAGCGCUUGAGCCAUAGGAGGCUUCCUGCAGGUAUUUCCUUCUUGAACAAUGGAAUCCUGGAAGAGGAUUCAAAUAAUGCAUACCAUCGACAAGCAGCAACUGAAAUGAAUAUAAACAGAAGCGGGAAUGAGAAACAAAGAAUUUCCACAGAAUCUUCAAGAGCCUCUUUUUCAUCCUCAUGUUCAUCUUCCUUGUCAUCACUGGAUUGUAACAAGACAGCUCAGCAAGAUGCCUCUUCCUUUGACAGAAUCCUUAUUCCUGAAACUCCCUCUAGGGAACCAGCGAUGAACCAACUAAGUACUUCUCCUCAUUUAGGGUCAGCAUGCCUUGACCUUCGAGAUGUGGUCAAGGACUCAAUGUAUAGAGAAGCCAGAGGACUAUCGGUUAGAACAACAACAAGAGAGGAAGUAUCAGGCAGUACUGUGAAGCAUAAAGGUUCACCAAGGCCGUUUCCACUUCCUACAUCAGUGGAUGGGUCUUAUGGUGCUGGGAUCAAUGGAAAGCAAAAUGUUCCUGCUGAUCUGAAGGAGUCUCUUAGAGUACUUGCACAACUUAGGGAGGCACCUUGGUAUUACAACAAUGAAGCUAGAGAACUUCAAAGCUCAUCACAUGAAGCAAAUGGCUCAAGGAAUUCAAUAUCAAGGGAUGCUCCUCGAUUUUCUUAUGAUGGAAGAGAGAUUAAUCGUUUAUCGUUUGAAUCACGAGAAACCUUCAAAUCAACACCAAAGCUUAAAGAGCUGCCAAGACUUUCUUUGGAUAGUAGAGAAAGGUCGAUGAGAGGUUCAAAUUACCUUACUAAAAGUUUUCAUAAUAGUGGCAACUUGAACAGCAGAGUCACUGAUCCACCACAAUCACUGGGAGGCCAGAAGCGCCCUCCUAAUGUUGUUGCCAAGUUGAUGGGCUUGGAACCAUUGCCAGAUUCUUCCUCAGCUGGUGAUCGGCAGUUGGGUGUUAUUAAAACCUGCUCUGUUGAAGAUAACAAUCCUUUCUCGCGGUCACUAAGAGCAAAUGAUCUGAACAGGCGAACCAGAACUUCUAACUCUUCAAGAAACUCAUUGAAGGAGCCAACAUCACCUCGGUGGAAAAACCCUGAUUUGGUCAUGAAGCCUAUUUCCAGUUCAAGGUUCCCAAUUGAGCCAGCACCAUGGAGACAUGUGGAUGGAAGUCGAGGUUCACAAAAACAACCUCUCAAACAAUUUAAAGUUCCAGCCAAGACUCCAAACUCUUUCCCUUCAGUUUAUAGGGAGAUUGAGAAAAGACUGAAAGAUCUAGAGUUUCAACAAUCUGGAAAGGAUCUCAGAGCUCUUAAACAGAUACUAGAAGCAAUGCAAGCAAAGGGACUCCUUGAAAGUAGGAAAGAAGAACAAGCAGCAAACUUGGUGACUCAAAGAGACCAUGAACCAAAAUGUACAAGCCCCGGUCAGAAUCUGAGAGGCCAGCGAAGCCCACAGAACACGCGAAUCAACACUUCAACUACUAGGGGUUCAGAUUCUAUUAGACCAUAUGAAUCUCCGAUUGUGAUCAUGAAACCAGCAAAACUUGUUGAGAAGGUUGAUAUUCCUGCUUCAACAGUAAUUCCAAUAGAUGACUUUUCCAGGCUCCCCAAGAUUCAUGGUGGGGGAUCUGUAGAUAAUAAAACAGGUUCGAUAAACAGUCGAACAGUUGGAGAUCAUACUGCCAGAAACAGUCGUAGAGAUUUUGCUGCUAGCUCUAGUGAUAAGAGAGCUAGUAGCAGGAGUAUUAAGUCCAUACAGUCUUCAAUCAAACCUUCAAAAGAAAGCACUGCAACUUUAGUAAAGAAUUCAGGAUCUGUAAGCCCAAGACUGCAGCAGAAAAAGCUUGAGUUGGACAGGCGAUCUCGUCCACCUACUCCACCAUCUGAUCCAAGCAAACCCAGAAGGCAACACAGCUGGCAUUCGUCGGAGUCAGGUUCCCCUGCUGGUAAACAUAGACCAAAAUCUCACAACAUACUGCAGUCUGAUGACCAGCUGAGUCAGGUAAGUAAUGAAUCACGAACUUCAAGUCACCAAGGAGAUGACACUUCUUUGCAAUCAGACUGCAAUAUUAUCUUGGAGUCCAAGUUGGAUGUGGAAGUCACCAGUAAUGAAAGAUCCAUUGAGAUCAAUGGUAGUCAAAGUCCAUCCAUGAAGGCUGCCAAGUACUCAAUUUCCGGCAUCAUGCAGAAGAAAUCAAUUGCAAGACUGGUUGAGGAUGGAUCGGUGGCAGAACUUGCUAUGGUUGCUCUAGAACAUCCAAGUCCGGUUUCCGUUCUUGACACCUCAGUAUAUACAGAUGAUGCACCAUCCCCAGUAAAGCAGAUACUAAACACUCCUGGAGGUAAUGGUGCUCAAGGUUUCAAUGACAAUCACAAUGAAGAGCAAUGGAACCCUGCAGAUAACUGCUUGUCUAACAACGUGGGCUCUGGUCUUACCUCAGAGAUUAGUCGCAAGAAACUACAGAACAUUGAGCAUUUGGUUCAAAAACUUCGAAGACUGAACUCCAAUCAUGAUGAAGCCAGUACAGAUUACAUUGCGUCACUUUGUGAGAAUACAAACCCUGAUCACAGAUACAUUUCUGAGAUAUUAUUAGCCUCUGGCCUUCUACUGAGAGAUCUCAGUUCUGGCUUGACAACAUUUCAGCUCCAUCCAUCAGGCCAUCCCAUCAACCCAGAGCUGUUCUUUGUUUUGGAGCAAACCAAAGCAAGCUCCAUACUAUCAAAAGAAGAGAGUAACUCUGGAAAGGUUCCCCAUUCAAAGCCAGACCAUGAGAAAUUCCACCGAAAGCUUAUAUUUGAUUCUGUUAAUGAGAUUCUUGUUGGAAAGUUAGCUCUAGUUGGGGCCUCUCCAGAGCCUUGGGUAAAGUCUGGAAAACUAGCAAAGAAGACCCUCAGUGCACAAAAGCUUCUAAAAGAAUUGUGCUUGGAGAUAGAGCAGCUUCAAGCCAAGAAAUCAAAGUGCAACCUGGAGGAAGAGGAGGAUGGUCUGAAAAGUAUCUUGUGGGAAGAUGUAUUGUGUCGGUCAGAGAGUUGGACAGAUUUUCACUGUGAGAUUUCUGGGAUGGUGCUAGAUGUUGAAAGGCUGGUCUUUAAGGAUUUAGUUGAUGAGAUUGUGAUUGGUGAAAGAGUUGGUUUACGAGCCAAGCAAAGUAGGCGGCGACAGCUGUUUUCCAAGUAAACUAUUUGCAAAAUGUCUUCUAAUUCUUCUUCAUUCACCUUUGUUCUUCCUCUGUUUGUUAUGAUUUAAAUUUUUUGAUUUUGCGUGAAAGCAUAAUAAUUCGUGGAUCAGAAUUAAGAACUGCAGUCCUGUGUUAUAUCAUAAAAAAGUUACCUUCUCAGAUUAUGACAUAUACAUAUUUGUAAGAACAAGUAUAUGAGAUCCUUUGUAUAUGAGGUCAUGUUUUAUGCUAAUCUUAUUCCUGGUGAUCA